AGAUAUUUAAGUAAACAACUUAUGUUAAAAUGUUUUACGGUAUAAUUCUAGUUAUAGAAGCAUUGGGAUAUUGUUCAGUUAUUGGGGAGAUAUUGACAGAUUUAGUAGUAGUAGAGAAUGUGUAUUACCAUGGAAACAGAAGAUUUCCGGAUGUUAUAGAUGUUCAUUUGAAUCAUAAUGACAACAACAUUUACUUGAGGCUAAAUAAAGAUAGCGAGACCACUGAUAUUCUUAGUGAGGACUUGUUUCAAACCUCAAAUAUUCUUCCCUCUGGGCUCUUCAAAGAAGACAAAAGAAAUAAUUUUGCAGCGUAUGAUUCUGGAAAUUCUGAUAUUUUGAUUGUUCAUAGAGAAUCUUCAGAUGCUUUGCCAAAAUUUUAUGGUAGAUUUACAAGCAACAAGGAAAAACUGGUGAUAUUUUCUCAGGACGGAAGCCAUGACAAUCAUCACGUAAGACGAGAUUUGAGCCAAACAGAUGCCAUUAACAAGAACAGAAAUGAUACCGCCGACGACAUAUUAGAGCUGUUUAUAUUUGCUGAUCUCUCUGUCUAUCAACAUGUGCGAGACGAACUAAUGCCAGACAAAACAGCAGAUGAUAUAAAGAAGUUCCUUAGAACUUAUUUAAAAGCCAUAGCAAAGGAGGUUGACACAAUUUACCAGUACCUCGGUGUUUUCGGAACUAACAGGACGAUGAGAAUAUACCUUCAACAAUAUCAAACUAUUACGCAUUCGAAUCAACAGAAAUGGGUCGAAAACAACGUUUCUAACAAUAGGUUACAGUCUGCAGCCGUCAGUGAUCUUCAGUCAUAUUACGACAAACUCAUAACAAGAUUUGCAUUUCCGAUCACAGAUCAUCUGGUGGCUAUAACAAAAUUAAACAUUGAAGGAGAUUUGCAAGUUAUUUCGACUGGAAAAAUAUGCGGUAGUCGCACAGAUUUGGCAACUUCGAUAGUCCGAAUUGAUAAUUUUCCGGUCACAAUGGCGCAAGGGAUCGCUCUAACUUUGUCGGUCCCCUUUGAUGGUGAAGGUAACGAUUGUAGCAGCAUUGAUCAGUUUAUUAUGUCACCAGCAUAUGGCCCAGUUACACAUUCUUCAAAACAAGGCAACCGAUGGAAGUUCUCUGAAUGCAGCAUUAACAAUUUCAAAAAUGCCUUUGACGGAGGGAUGGAUCUUAGCUGCCUUAAAAUACAGGACGCCACCUUUGACUUUCAAGCAUUUGAUGAAUCCUCAUAUAUCAGCGAAUUCCUUACAUUGAACGAACAAUGUGUGCUCCGUUAUCAAGCUGGAUCGACAUUUUGUGAUGGCAGUCAAGGAAAUAAAGUAGACUGUUACAGCUCAACGCAAGGAUGUACUGAUUCAGGCACAUGUUCACCGUUUACUGUACCACAAUUUACACCAUGCGAUUCAAGCAGAAGUCAGGAUAAUCCGAUUUGUAGGUUUGGAGUAUGUUCAGCAGUUGUUAGUUUUGCAGCGUCUGGUUUGAAUAUCAGUUCCACAUCGACGAGUUCGACAAGCAGCACUACAAGUUCUACUACUACAGAUUUUGAAAUAGCUAUGUUAUUCUUUUCGUCUUCUAACGCAUCUUCAACUUCAACAUCCACGACAACAUCUCCAACAACAGCUUCUUCUACGUCAUCCCCAAAAUCAGAAUUGCAGACGACAACUCAGCCGGCGUCAUCUACGAAAAAACCGAACCCCGAUUGUGUAAUAAAGACGGGCUUUGUGGAAUUUGAUCUACCAGGUUGUGGGUGUUGUGGUGGUUGUGGUUGUGACGAUAAGUGUACAAGUUGCUCCGGUCCAGGUGGUCUUCCGGCGUUUAACGAGACUGAGUCGUGUACAGAGGAAUCUGAAUGUUGUAAAGAUACAGUCACUAUUGAAACAAUGUUUGUACCUGAAGGCUGUGAUGCGGAAUUUAUAGCCGGACCUCAGACGAUUAUCGUGGAGAAAAGAGGAUGGGAGGAUGAAGAACUUGACGUGACCGCUGAAGUAUAUCAAGAUAUUGCAGAUCAGUGGCAAGUCAAUUUGGUACCUAAAGAUAUUGACAGGAAUUGACAAUUAUAUCUUCAGUCUGCUAGAUGUAGAAUGUGCAAAGAACCCUCAAAAUCUGAAAUUGCAGUUGCUCAUGCUAUUAUAUUAAAUAUUGAUUGAUAAAUCUCAUUUCUUUU